GCGCGCGGUGCAUGCUGGGUCCGGAUCCCUGGGAGCUCUCAGGCUGCUAUCAACAAACUGAUGUGUGAUCCGGAGCAGAGAGAGUGGGAUAGUCCGGACACCCCUGCCAGCUGCCAGUACCUGAGCUGACGACAUGAUGCAACAUGUUCACUUGGUGCCCGAGGAAGAUGAAGAGGACCUGUAUUCUGGAUACAAUGAAUAUAACUCGGCCUAUGACACUGAGGAUUUGGAGAGCGAUGUGGCUUUUCAGCAAGCUUUACAAACGAGCCAUGGACGGAGACCUCUGGGUACAGCUAAAGUCCUAGGGACAGCUGCUGGCCGUCCUUUGAUGACUGGAUUUGGACCCAGAGCAAAUCUGACUUCAUUAACAGGAAGACCUAUGACUGGAGCUGUGCAGGAUAAUGUGCCUCGGCCAAUGACUUCUAUUCAAUCGGUUAAUUACAAAAAGAUACAUUUGCCAAGUCAGCCUAGAGGUCCAAUUUCUCCACUGGUACCCAAGAAUGAAGAUACACCAGAGGAAAAGAUUAGACAAUUAGAGAAACAAGUUAAUGAAUUAAUCGAAGAAAGUUGUAUUGCUAACAGCAAUGGAGAUUUAAAAACGGCCCUGGACAAAGCAAAGGAAGCUGGGAGAAAGGAGAGAGUUUUGGUCAGACAGAGAGAGCAGACACUAUCUCCGGAGAGUAUUAACCUGGACUUGACAUAUUCAGUGCUGUUAAACCUGGCCACCCAGUACUCCAACAAUGAGAUGUAUACAGAAGCCUUGAAUACGUAUAUAGUGAUUGUGAAAAAUAAAAUGUUCAGCCAUGCAGGCCGAUUGAAGGUCAAUAUGGCCAACAUCUUUCUGAAACAGAAGAACUAUUCCAAAGCAAUAAAAUAUUAUCGUAUGGCUCUUGAUCAAAUCCCUGGUGCGCACAAAGAAAUGAGGAUUAAGAUCAUGCAGAAUAUUGGGGUGACCUUUAUCAAAACAGGGCAGUACACAGAUGCCAUUACAUCGUUUGAGCACAUCAUGAGUGAGUCUCCGAACGUGAAGGCCGGCUACAACCUGAUAUUGUGCUAUUUUGCUAUUGGAGAUCGUGACAAAAUGAAAAAAGCUUUCCAAAAACUAAUAGCUGCACCCCUUGGAAUUGACGAUGAAGACAAGUAUAUCUCAUCUGGUGAUGAUCCACACUCUAAUCUUGUUCUAGAAGCUAUUAAAAAUGACAGCCUGCACCAAAUGGAGCAAGAACGGAAAGCAUUGGCUGAAAAAUACAUCAUGGCUGCAGCCAAACUAAUUGCUCCAGUUAUUGAAAACUCGUUUGAUGUUGGCUAUGACUGGUGUGUUGAAGCUGUAAAGACUUCACAAUAUGUGGAACUGGCAAAUGAUCUGGAAAUUAAUAAAGCUAUAACAUAUCUGAGACAGAAGAACUUUACCCAGGCUGUGGAAACCUUAAAAAUGUUUGAGAAAAAAGACAGCAGAGUGAAGAGCGCGGCAGCAACCAAUCUCUCCUUCCUGUACUUCUUAGAAAAUGAGCACACCCAGGCAGACCUGUAUGCAGAUUUAGCAGUGGCCGCAGACCGCUACAAUCCAUUAGCACUUACCAAUAAAGGAAAUGCUAUGUUUAUAACUGGAGAAUAUGAAAAAGCUGUGGAAUAUUAUAAAGAAGCUUUGCGGACUGACUCAUCCUGCACAGAAGCUCUAUAUAACCUUGGUUUGACGUACAAGAAAUUAAAUCGCCUCGAGGAAGCUCUGGAUUGUUUCCAUAAACUACAUGCAAUCCUCCGAAACAGCUCGCCGGUUCUUAGUCAGAUAGCAAGCCUGUAUGAAUUGCUUGAGGAUCCUAAUCAGGCAAUAGAAUGGCUAAUGCAGCUCAUCAGUAUAGUUCCUACUGAUUCACAAGCACUGGCUAAACUUGGCGAGUUGUAUGAUACCGAGGGUGACAAAACGCAAGCCUUUCAGUACUACUGUGAGUCAUAUCGCUAUUUCCCUUCAAACAUUGAAGUCAUUCAGUGGCUGGGAGCCUACUACAUUGACACACAGUUUUGUGAGAAAGCCAUUAAGUACUUUGAAAGAGCAGCUCUUAUACAACCUACGCAAGUAAAAUGGCAGUUGAUGGUGGCAAGCUGUUACAGGAGGAGUGGAAACUAUCAAAAGUCACUUGAAAAAUACAAGGAUAACCGAAGGUUCCCAGAAAUUGUUGAAUGUUUGCGCUUUCUGGUCCGGCUCUGCACCGAUAUUGGGUUAAAGGAAGUCCAAGAAUACUGCAACAAAGCUGAAAAGGCUGAGAGGAUGAAGGAGUUAAAGGAGCAGCGUGUAAGAUCUGGUAGAGACAGUAGUGCCCGAAGUCGAAGGGAUGGCAGAGAGGGCAGUGCCAGCAGUGACAGUGGGCCGAGCAGUGCCACCAGCUCAAAAGGAGAUCGUCUUAGUGCUAAACUGAAAAGUCUGCCAGGAGCGAAUGACCCCUAUGAAGCAAGCUCCAAUAAAGACAUAGAUGCUUCAUAUACGGACCCUCUCGGGCCACAAGUGGAGAGACCAAAAACAGCAGCAAAGAGGAGAGUCGAGGAGGAAGAGUUUGCUGAUGAAGAAUUAGGAGAAGAUCUCCUCCCUGAAUAAUUAUUUAAUUGUGAGAGGAAAACUGAACUUUUAGAACAAAUUUUCUCUUUUAAUAUAUCCAGGAACAACAAACAACUCUGCAUAUGUAAUCUAUUGCCUUUUCUUUCCCUAUACUUUGAGAACUCUCGUCCCAUGUCCAGGACGGUGUAAACAUUUCUUUGCGUAUAUUUAUUCUGCACCAAGGGUGCUGUCAUAUUGGAUUCCAUAGGAUGUCAUGGAGAUGGCAGGAGAUUAGAAGGAAGCUGAGAUAAAGACUGUUACAUCACAGACGGGAGGGAGAGCAAGUGGGGUUUGCAGGGUAGCUUCAGAGUGACUUGAUUCCAAGCUGCUUUGGCUGUAAAGUUUCAAAUAGAUUUUCACUACAGUGCCUGCCGCAGAUAUCACACCCUGGGGGGAGCUUGGUAAAAGUACUGUAAUCCUUGGCAUGCAAACAUUAAUAAUUGGCUGACCAUAGCCUGGCCAGAGGUUCCCCUAAAUAUAUAUUUUUUAUACUGUAAGUGUUUAAAAUUUUUUAAUAUUCACUCUUCCAUAUUUUUAUCAUUGCAAUAAAUAUAGAGAUUUACAGAUUAACCACUAGAGGGAGCUCUAAAUUUGACUCCACAUGGAACUCUAGGCAAACCUCUAAAUGUGAUAAAUACUCACAUAUUGUUUUACCUGCCAAAUGAUUUGUAAUUCUGGUAAUGUACUCAUGUCUGUUAGGAAAAUCACUCUGCUACUUUUUCUUUUAGCUCUGAUUCAUUGUCCAGUGAACAGGCUGAGGGGUGGCACUCGUAUAGCUGUACAUUGUGGAAGAGGUACAUGAAUUACAAUAUUGCUUAUACGAAAAUUACAAAUCCUGGGGCAGGUAAAAUCAUAAUUAUACAUAUAUUUCAACUGUGUAUUUAGCUGUUCUCUAUGGCUGUGAGGCACUGCAAAGCAGUAAGCACUUAUAAUGAGCAUAUGUGAUUGUGUGUAUAUG